CUGGCCGGCCUCCGAGCCGCGCGUCCCCGCUGGCCGGGCCAUGCCGAGUCGCCGCGUCGCCAGACAGCCCGCUGCGCCGGAGCUGGGGGCCCUGGGGUCCGCUGACCUCUCCUCGCUCUCUCUCGCCGUCUCCAGGACCACAGAGAUCAUCGACGAGUACAUCAAGGAGAACGGCUUCGGCCUGGAGGGGGCGGCGCCGGGCGCGGGCGAGGGGCUGCCGCGCCUGGUGUCCCGCGGGGCGGCCUCGCUGAGCACCGUCACCCUGGGCGCCGCGGCCGCCGCGGCCCCGGCCACGCCGCCGCCCUGGGGCUGCCCGCUGGGCCGGCUGAUGGCGCCCGCGCCGGGCCCCGGCCCGCGGCCGCACCUGGUCAUCGCCGAGCAGCCCAAGCAGCGCGGCAUGCGCUUCCGCUACGAGUGUGAGGGCCGCUCCGCCGGCAGCAUCCUGGGCGAGAGCAGCACCGAGGCCAGCAAGACGCUGCCCGCCAUCGAGCUCCGGGACUGUGGAGGGCUGCGCGAGGUGGAGGUGACCGCGUGCCUGGUGUGGAAGGACUGGCCCCACCGUGUCCACCCGCACAGCCUGGUGGGCAAAGACUGCUCCGACGGCGUCUGCAGGGUGCGGCUGCGGCCCCACGUCAGCCCCCGGCACAGCUUUAACAACCUGGGCAUCCAGUGUGUGAGGAAGAAGGAGAUCGAGGCCGCCAUCGAGCGGAAGAUUCAGCUGGGCAUCGACCCCUACAACGCGGGGUCCCUGAAGAAUCACCAGGAGGUGGACAUGAACGUGGUGAGGAUCUGCUUCCAGGCCUCGUACCGGGACCAGCAGGGGCAGAUGCGCCGCAUGGACCCCGUGCUCUCUGAGCCCGUCUACGACAAGAAGUCCACAAACACGUCGGAGCUGCGGAUCUGCAGGAUCAACAAGGAGAGCGGGCCGUGCACGGGCGGCGAGGAGCUCUACCUGCUGUGCGACAAGGUGCAGAAAGAGGACAUAUCAGUGGUGUUCAGCACAGCCUCCUGGGAAGGCCGCGCCGACUUCUCCCAGGCCGACGUGCACCGCCAGAUCGCCAUCGUGUUCAAGACCCCGCCCUACGAGGACCUGGAGAUCGCGGAGCCCGUGACCGUGAACGUCUUCCUGCAGCGGCUCACCGACGGCGUGUGCAGCGAGCCGCUGCCCUUCACCUACCUGCCCCGUGACCACGACAGCUACGGCGUGGACAAGAAACGGAAGCGGGGGAUGCCGGACGUCCUCGGGGAGCUGAACAGCUCUGACCCCCACGGCAUCGAGAGCAAACGGCGGAAGAAGAAGCCGGCCUUCCUGGAGCACUUCCUGCCCAGCCACGGCUCAGGCUCGUUCCUCCCGCCAUCGGCCUUGCUGCCGGACACAGACUUCUUCCCCGGCACCGUGUCCCUGCCUGGCCUGGAGCCGCCGGGCGGGCCCGACCUCCUGGACGACGGCUUCGCCUACGACGCCACGGCCCCCUCGCUCUUCACCAUGCUGGACCUCCUGCCGCCGGCGGCGCCCCUCGCCAGCGCGGUCGCUGGCAGCGGGGGCCCGGGGGCCGCCAUGGGGGAGCCGCCUGGUCCCGAGCCGCUGACCCUGGACUCGUACCCGGGCCCGGGCCCCGGAGACGGCGGCACCGCCAGCCUCGUGGGCAGCAACAUGUUCCCCAACCAGUACCGCGAGGCGGCCUUCGGCGGCGGCCUCCUGUCCCCGGGGCCUGAAGCCACGUAGCCCCCCGCGGCGGGGCCGGGCGAACCCCCAUUCCCUGGGGGCCCCCGCGGUCAGUCCUCGACCUGCUCGUCCUGCAUCGGACAUCUUCCGCGCCGGCGAGGCGCCCCGAAGCACGGGCUUCCCUCUGGGCCCAUUUCACGGAGAAGGAAACGGGCCCGGAGGGGAGCGGGGCCUCGCUGGGCCCCGGCCGCCCCGGGCCGGACCUGCGGAUUCGCAACGCACUGUACAUAUCGGGAGGCAGAUCCCCGGCCUCCCCCAGACCUGAAGACGGGGGGUCGGCUGUUUGUCCAGUCUUCCAAUAAAGAGAGUUUUUGAG